AUGCCUGAAAAUAACAAUUCAUUAAAUUACGUACAAGUAAUGGAAGAAAGACUACAAGACCAUUACGAAAUACUGGAAAGAGUACUAGGAAAAAAGAUGGCAGGUGAACAAAGGAACACAGUAAACGAACUGCUUAAAAAAAUUACUGAAUUAGAAAACCAGAUAAAAGAAUUAAAAUCUGAAAGAGAAAAAGGAACAUUAGAAAUUUUACAGAAAGUAUUUGGUGACGCAAUUAAGGACGGAAAAUUUGUUGGAAGGGCGUAUGAAGUUGAUCCAGAAAUAGUGAGAAAAGAAAAUGAACUUCCAAAAGAGGAAAAAGGAAAAUAUUUGUUGCCUUAUUUCUGUGAAAAGAACAAUAUCGAUAUUAAUAAUCCCACUUUUUGUUCUAGAACGGGAAAAUCCAGCAAACUUGUUAAUCACUUAUUAGGAAUCAAAAAUUGUGUUCUCUGUGAUAAAAUACAUGGUGAAUACAAGGUGGAGAUUAAUAAAUUAGUGGAGAAUGAAGAUGGUAGUUUUGGCAAAGGCUUAUCUAUUUUAGAACAAAAAGAUCUUAUUGGUUAUUUGGUGCGGGCUAAAGUAAAUACUAAGGGGAUGUCUAGAAAGAAUGCAAGCCAAGAGCAAAAGGAUGAAUACAAAAGAAAAGUAGAACAAAUUAGGUCCAAAGAAACUGCAGAAUAUUUAAAAAACAGCAUCAUUGUUUUUGAUGAAGCCCACUUCAACGAACCCCGUUAUCAAACACUAAUUAAAAAAACUAUCUUGGCAGGAUGUAAUGUAAUAAAGAUGUCGGCUACUUUUGAAGGGCAACCAUUUUCGACGACUUCUUCUUACGACAUAAAGACUAAAUAUAUGAAAGGAUUUGCUCCCAAGAUGGACGAGGAAUUCGCUAAAACCAAAACCUUGUUGUUUCUGAAAAGCACCGAUGAUAAAUUUAAAAAAGGUGAGCAAGUUCUUUUUAAGGGCUUAACCAAGGAACAAAAAGAGUUACUAGAAAAAAGUGGUAUUCCCUAUGUGAUAUUAGACAAGAACUAUGAAAGUUCAGCAGUAGGAAUUAGCGAAGGAAUGCCCGAUGGAUCCUUGAUUAUAGUUAAUGGUGAUUAUGAAAUGGGAUUCACUUUUGAUGUCGAAAUAAUGAUUACGACGGGCGAAGUAGAGUUUUCUAGAUUAUUACCUAGAAGAGCGGGUAGGAUUAAGAAAGGAACAUCCAUAUUUUUGUCGCUCGACACCUCCGAAGGAAAAGUCGAAGAUGAUGCCGCAAGUGUUUUGGUUAGAAUGUUAUUAACUGACCUAAAAGACAGAGAUGAUUUAGAUAUUUUUGAUAACCUCACUUAUGGGGAUCUAUUUAGAAAAGAUAUUGAAAGAAUGAAAGAAGCAAUAGCUUUCCCUGACCACUUUGGCAAAGAACCCGAAGAAAUAAUGGCGUUAAGUAUGAUGAAAAUUUAUGAAAAAGAAAAGCAGAAAAGUUUUCCUCGCCAGAUAAACGUUAACUUUGAUAAUGAUUUGAUAAAAUUGACUAAAUUAAAAAAGCAAGAAGUGAAAGAAGUUCUAAAUACCGAUAAAAAGGCUCGGGAUGAAAUAGUGGAUUUGUACGAAUUAGCGGAUGGGGUUAAAAUAGAGAUUGAUUAUAAUGUUGAGAGAAAACCAGCCCGAGAUGAAUUAAAAUUUGGUGAAUCUUCAUUAAGCAAGGAAGAACAGAAAAAGUUGGAAAAUUAUGAUAGUCUAAUUGAAGAGAAUACUGAAUUAAAAACUGAAAAGCGACAGUUAGUAGAGGAAAAAGAAAGAUUGCAAAAAAAUAUUGAAGAUCAAAAGGAAGAAUUAAUAAAAACCUUUGAAGAAAUUGUCGGAGAAGAAGAGACGGAGAAGUUAACUGAAAAACCGGCGACUGAGGUGAUAAAUGAAGUAAAAGCAAAAGUAAAAGGGGCGAUUGAAAUUCAGAAAAAAAAUAACAAAACACUUGAAACCAACAAUAGACUUCUAGAAAAGGAUAUUGAAGCCCAAAAAUAUUUUGUCGAAAGCCAAGAAGUGGUUCGUGCUUCAAAAGAGUUGGAGACUAGAAUUAAUGAAAUAAGCGAUGAACUAGCAAGCACAAAAAAAAGAUUAGAGGAAGUUAAUAAGGACAAAGAAGAGGUUGUGAAAAAAAGAAAUGAACUGUCCAAGAAUAAGGAAAACGGCAACGCAUUAGCACAAAGACAAAAAGAGAUUAUUGAAUGGAAAGGAAGGGCAUUAGAUAGCGGCAGAAUUUCAUUAAGUAAUGCGAAGCGAAGUAAAAAAUUGAAGUCAGAAGUUGAGGAACUUAAAAGAAAAUUAAGUGAAUUAGAAAUCGAAAAAGCCAAUCUGGAAAGAGAAAAAGAGGAGUUGAGCCAAGAACACGAGAAACUAUUGAGCAGUUUUAAUGAGUUGAUGGAAAAAAAUAAGGAAAAAGAUGUUGAGACCACUCCUAACUUGCCAACUGAUUUGCUAAGCGAAGAAGACAAGGACGAAAUAAUAGGUCAUUUGCAAAUGUUUGCCAAUGAUUUACGAGGCAGGUUGAAAGAAACGGAAGAAUAUGUUAGAGAAGCAAACGACGAAAAUGAAAAACAAGAAUGGGAAAAACAAGUAUCAGACCAACUAAUGCAAGAGCAAAAAGUUUUGGGUUUAAUCGAGAAAGUGACUACUACCAAGUGA